CUGAAACCCCAAAAAUAAGAAGUCCCCAAAUCGAUCACAAAGUUAUUGUUUUUCAGAGGAGACUUUUGAGAGUAAAAGUUGGGAGGGAGAAAAGAUGAGUACGGAGGUAACGAUGGUUCCAGCCGGUGACGCAGCAGCAGGACCUUCUUCAAAGAAGCCACGACGUUUUGAGAUAAAAAAAUGGAAUGCUGUUUCUCUUUGGGCUUGGGAUAUCGUUGUUGACAAUUGCGCCAUCUGUAGAAAUCAUAUUAUGGAUCUAUGCAUCGAGUGUCAAGCGAAUCAGGCUAGCGCUACCAGCGAAGAAUGCACCGUUGCUUGGGGUGUCUGCAACCAUGCAUUCCACUUCCACUGCAUUAGCCGUUGGCUGAAAACCCGUCAAGUUUGCCCUCUAGAUAACAGCGAGUGGGAAUUCCAAAAAUAUGGUCACUAGAGAUUGGCACUAGGAAGGAAUGUUGUUACUGAGGAAACAUGGAUCAAGAGAGUGUUUGUUGAUUUUGUUAUUCUCUUGUAAUGUCUUGUGCACUUUUUUAACUUGUACCAGAGAUUGUGAGAUUGCUUUAUGUUCAAAAAAUUAUUAGAUCUUUCGUUUAUAACACAAUGGAUGAAAAUCAAUAGAA